AUGUCAUUAAAGAAACUUGACUCUUCACUGUCUGAAUCCUCAAUUAUUUCAAAGGCUAAAUCUUUAAUAUCAUUAAAUGACAAGCAAAAAUCCAAAUCAUCAAACUUUUUAAGUACAUCAUUAUGUGAUAAUUUUAUUGACUUAACUGCUGCAUCUAGUGAAGCAUCCGAUCAUGAAAUUCCUGAAAUAUAUAUAGAUGAUUUAAUGCAAACUACAGAUAAUGAAUUUGAUAUUAUUAAUAUACAUAAUUUUUUUACAAAAAAUUUUUGUAUAAAUAAAAUUCAACAUUCUCUAAUACCAAUUGAAUAUCCUCCUACAUCUUCUGAAGGUAUUGCAAUUAUUUAUAAUAUUUCUAAAUGGAAUGAUUAUAAUAUACAAUAUAAUAUGGGUGAUGGUGGCGGUAAUAAAAUUAUAGAGUAUGAAUAUUUGGGAUGUAAAGUAAAUAAAUCUGUUAGAAUGUGUACUGGAGCUAAAGUAUGUGAAUUCGUAUCAAGCGAAUUAAAGGAAACACAGCAUAGUGAAGUUAAUGCAGAUAUUGAUUUUUAUAAAAUUAAUCAACCUGUUAAUUCACAAAUAUCUAAAGAAGCUAAAACACAUGCCUCAAAUUUGUCAUUAUGGAAAAAAUCAGAUGAUGAUAUUCCAUCAUAUUUUAUUGGAUGUACUGCUUGGGCAGCAGGAGAAAAACAUACUCAUCAUCGAAUAGAUGAAAAUGAAAUUGAUAUAAUUAUGUUAGAAAAAUUAUUUAAAGACAAAUCUCUUAAUUUAAAUAAGCCAAUAAAAAAUUGUCAUACAAUAUUAUCUACAAGCUCUCAUAAAAAAGAAUGUUAUGAAGGUCUUAAUCGAAAAAGAAAAAUAAUUAAAUUAAAUUAUAAUGUUAAAUUUAUUAAACUUGUUCCAUUAGAUAUUAAAACAACACCAUUUGUUGUUUUAAUAUGUCAAGGAAUUCAUACUCACCCAGCACCACCUCCAGUUAAUAUUCCAACUGGAAUUCAAAGUAAUUUGGAACAUAUAAUUAACGAAGCUAUACAGAUAUUUGAACGAGUUACACCAAAAAAAAUUUUAUCUAAUAAUUUAUUAAAAGCAUAUUUCUUACAACAAAAACAAUUUCCUUAUGGACAAGGUUUAUUGGGAAUUGCUACUGAAUUUUGGAAUGGAAAUAAAGAAUUUAAUGGAUAUUUACAAGAAAUUGGAUGGAAAUGUAUACUUGGAGAUUUAGAUCAAGGCCAAGCAAAAGGUUUAGGAUUAGCAUUAGCAAAUAUUAAACCAAAAUAUACUUGGAAUGAACAUUUAACUUAUAUAUUUAAAAAAAUUUCUAAUGUUACUAUAAAAACACGUAUUGAAGAAAUAUUUAAUAUACUUAAACAAAUUGAUAAUAAUAAGCUCGAAGGAGGUUUUGGAUAUGUGUAUUCAACAACCUGUUCAUCGAUUCCGGGAACGAUAGCAUUGAAGGAAAUAUCUGUUGACGUAGAAGAUGAACAAACAAAUAUCAAAAAUUUUCUUAAUGAGUUGAAAUUACAUAGCAAAGCAAAUCACGAUCGAAUAAUUAAAUUUUUUGGAGCAAGUCAUGAUGAAGAAAACGAAUUAUAUUAUCUUGUGUUAGAAUUUGCCGAAUGUACUUUGAGAAAUUAUUUGUCAGCGGAAAAAGAUACUCUUCGGUGGACAGAAAAAGUACAGCUAGCAAUUCAAAUAGCUGAAGGAGUACAAUAUAUUCACUGUGAGCUUAAUGUCGCACAUCGUGACCUGGUAAUAAUUAAUAAUACAGAAAACCAAUUUUCAGACUUUGGUCUAUCCAGAUGCCUUGACAGUACGAUUACAACAAAUAGCCAAAUAUUUGGAAUUGCACCAUUUAUUGAACCACAAAAAUUUAAAAACAAAUAUUACAAACAAGAUAAGAAGUCAGAUAUAUAUAGCCUUGGAGUAAUAUUUUGGGAGAUCUCAAGUUGCUGUCCUCCAUUCUGUAGUUCAGAUCCGAACGCAGUAAUUUUAGAUGUAUGUAAAGGUAUACGAGAGAAAACAGUAAUUGGAACUCCAAAAGAAUAUGUUCAGCUUUAUUCUGAUU